AGCGAGGACACAGCCCAUGAAAGGGUCACAGAGUCUGGAUCUCACCUGACUAUUGCUCUACCAACCGUCAUGAAUGGCCUCUCGCCCCAAACCAAAUAUGUGAUAUAUCUUCCGAAGGCUGUACUGGAGCCCUGAUCUUUUAACGACCGUCCUGUGUCCAGCGAUAGCUGAGCCUGGGCCAGGUCUGGUGUAGAAGCAUGCAAAGAAAUAGGAUGUUUGCACUUUUACCCCGUGAGUUGGGCACCCUGACACUUAAUGUAAAUUGCAGCCUUGUGGCCAAUGGUGGAUAGAAGAUGAAUUAUGAUGUGUGUGGAACAUGGAACCUUGGGGAGUUCCGUAACCAAGAGGAGAAAGAAGUAACAACAGCCAGUGGAGACAAAAAGAACCGCUUCUCUCUUCUUCCUCCUCCAAGUUCCUAGUGGCGAGCUGACCCCAGCAUCCCAAACUUGUGUGACUACACAGGCAAGCUUUUGGAGACUAACUUCACUUUGGCACCCUAGCCUUCAGCGGCUCAAGGUGUUGGCUUUCUGAGCAGACAGGAGGCUUUUCCGUAGCAAAGCUCCCUGGUCUCAGCAAGCCCGACAUCAUGGGGAAGGGAGACACCUUGGAAUCAGCACCACCCGCCACAGCCUAUCGCUCCGUCAUGGAGGAGUAUGGUUACGAAGUGGGCAAGGUCAUUGGCAAUGGCUCCUAUGGAACAGUGUAUGAAGCUUACUACACAAAGCAGAAGGUCAUGGUGGCUGUCAAGAUCAUCUCAAAAAAGAAGGCCUCUGAGGACUAUCUUAACAAGUUCCUGCCCCGUGAGAUACAGGUGAUGAAGGUCCUGCGGCACAAGUACCUCAUCAACUUCUAUCAGGCCAUCGAGACCACGUCCCGAGUGUACAUCAUCCUGGAGCUGGCUCAGGGUGGUGACGUCCUUGAGUGGAUCCAGCGCUACGGGGCCUGCUCUGAGCCCCUUGCUGGCAAGUGGUUCUCCCAGAUGACCCUGGGCAUCGCCUACCUGCACAGCAAGGGCAUCGUGCACCGCCCUCUCCUGACCCCCAGCCUUUCUGCUGCUGGUAGGGACUUAAAGUUGGAGAACCUGCUGCUGGACAAGCGGGAGAAUGUGAAGAUAUCGGACUUUGGCUUCGCCAAGAUGGUGCCUUCUAACCAGCCUGUGCGGAAUAGCCCUUCCUAUCGCCAAAUGAACUGCUUUAACCACCUCAGCCAGACCUACUGUGGCAGCUUUGCUUAUGCCUGCCCGGAGAUCUUGCUAGGCUUGCCCUACAACCCUUUCCUGUCUGACACCUGGAGCAUGGGUGUCAUCCUCUACACUCUAGUGGUCGCCCGUCUGCCCUUUGAUGACACCAAUCUCAAGAAGUUACUGAAAGAGACUCAGAAGGAGGUCACUUUUCCACCUAGCUAUGCCAUCUCCCAGGAGUGCAAGAACCUGGUCCUCCAGACGCUACGCCAAGCCACCAAGCGUGCCACCAUCCUGGACAUCAUCAAGGAUCCCUGGGUGCUCAAGUUUCAGCCUGAGCAAGCCACCCAUGAGAUCAGGCUGCUCGAGGCCAUGUGCCAGCCCCCCAGCACCACUCAUCAUCACCAGUCCUUGGAAAUUAGUACCUGA